GCGCUUCACGCAGGCGGUUGUGCCGCAGCUCUUCCCUCGCCAAGCCUUCUGGGAGUCGUAGUCUUCGGGAGACAGGGCAGGCUGGAGAGAGAUUUGUUUCCAUCGCGAUAUCCGCGCGAGUGGUUGCUGCGAUGCGGCAGCGCUGCCCGUGGGCUAAUGGUGGCUGACGGGCGCGCAGAGAGAAGUUAAAAAGGAAAUCAAUAUGGCCAGCUCUAACAGACCUCCCACAGCUCGUAAUGCUUCAAGAGCAGGAAUAGGACUGACCUCUUCAUCAAGGCCUGCCUCUUCAUCAAGGACUCCAUCAGCUAACAGAAUAGGAACAGCGAUGCCUCCUAGUACAGCAAGACCUGGUUCUCGUGGUGGUUCUUUGAAUCCUGGAGGAGUCUUAUCAUCUCAGAUUAAAGUUGCAGACCGUCCAGUGACUCAACAGGGAUUAAGUGGAAUAAAAACUGCAAUGAAAGGUCCUCAGAGACAGAUAAUGGAUAAAACAUACUACCUUGGCGUGCUGAGAAGUAAAAUAAAUGAAAUUACAGCAGAAAUUAGCAAGCUGCAGGAAGAAGUAGAAAUGUACAAGCAAGAGAAAUCUGUCUAUUUGUCCUAUGAAAAACGGGCAGAGGCUUUAGCUGGUGAAAUCAAAGAUUUUCAAGGUCAACUAGCAGACUACAACAUGGUUGUGGAUAUACUUAACACCAGUACAGAUAUGGCAGAAGUGAUCCGUGAUUACAAUAUGUUAAAGGUCCAGAAUGACCGAGACACUCAGAAUAUAGAUAAAAUUUUCACAGAAAGACAAGCCACAGAAAAGUUAAUUCAAGCUGUUGAAGAAGAUAUUGAGCAUGAAAAGGUUGUGGCAGAUGACAUAAUGAAAGACAUGUCACAGGAAAAUCAGGCUAAAUAUCUGGAGAUAAAAGCUGCUAAUGAGAAACUCUCACAGGAAUUGGUUGUUCAACAGCAGGAAUUGGAUGCACUAAAUGUGAAGGAAGAGAGUCUAAGAGCUGAAAUAGCACACUCUGCGGUGAAACAGGAAGCUGUGCAGUUGUAUGAAAAGCUCCAUGAGCUCAAGGAACAUCGAGAUCGAAUGAUUGCUGAGGAUAAGAACAUGGAAUCUCCACAGGAGGAAAGAGAGAGAUUACUAAAGCAGGUUAAAGAUGAUAGUCAAAAAAUUGCAAGCAUGGAAAGACAGUUGGCAGAAGUAAAAGAAAAAAUAGAUUAUUUUAAAAAGGUCAUUCAACGACUUGAUACGGAUUUGGAGAACCAUCGAGGAGAAGAAAAUUGGAAAUACAAGGAGUUGAAGAAGAGGGAAGAGAGCAUGGACAAUUUUCUAGCCACUUUUGAAGAUGUGAAGAAUCAGGAAUUGGAACGAAAGGCCCAAAUAGAAGCCAGCAUUGUUGCACUCCUGGAGCACUCAAGCAGGAAUCUGAAUCAUAUGAAACAAAUUUCAUCUGUUACCAAUCAAGAGCUGAAGAUUAUGCAGGAAGACCUCACUUUCAAAUACGAAAUGCAGAAAUCACAGAGCACUGCUAAGAAUCUGAUUACAGAGAGUCAAAAACUGCAGCUGGACCUACAGAAGAUGGAACUGUUGGAGGGUAAGAUGGUCGGUGAACUGGCUUCUCUUAAAGACAAAAUUGAACAGACAAAAGCAGAGUUGGACAUCUACAAUAAUUUGCCAGCUCUGAAAGCAUCAGGAGAAGAAAAGAAAAAGAAACUCGAGGAUGACAAAGAAAAAUUAACAAAACGCAGUCAUGCUUUUAAGAAAAUAAUGGAGCAUUUGAAUAAAGAGUAUGAGACGCUAAAGAAGGAGCUGCAAGAAAAUGAGACCCAUUCUCAGCUCACAAAUUUGGAGAGGAAGUGGCAGCACCAUGAGCAAAAUAACUUUAUGAUGAAGGAGUUCAUAGCAACAAAAAGUCAAGAGAGUGACUACCAGCCAAUAAUGAAGAAUUCGAGAAAGCUGGUCAAAGAAUACAACAAAGCUCUCAUAGAAGCUUUACAGAACACCAAGAACUGAACCCAGGCAUUUCCUUCCUGCCUGAAGGGACCAACAAUGAGAGAUGUGCAAAGGCCGUGUGGAAAGCUGGACUACUGAGAUAAUUUAUUCACCUCUAGGAUGACAGAUAUUCUUAAAAUAAUUUUUCCAGGUUUUUAGAAGUUACAGGUUUUAAUACUAUCCCUCCUUUUGCACUGUUUAAAAUUUUUGAAAAUUAUCAUCUGGAUUGUAGAAACAAAAAGGAAAUAUUGCCCAACGAGUUACUGAGGCCCGUUGCUGAAUUGCAUCUCAAAUGUGAAAUUUUUGUCUGCUUUACACCUUGAAUUUCUAAUUGCCUUGUAGUCCUACCCCUUCCAAAGAGAACAGGACUGCUUGACAGGCUGUCAUAUGCAUUAUCUUAAAUUAAGUGCAUAAUAAGAUAAAUGGUAAUAUAAACAUACCAUACCUAUAUAUAUAGCAAUUUUUACCAAGUAAGGAAUGCAUCUAAGGAUAGCAAACAUCUUUUAAAGUCAAAAUUGCUUCAUGGUGUAAAAUCAUACAAUAAAAGCAAAUGCCAGCAAAUUUUCAUUUCCUAAUGGAGAAUUAACUUUGUUAUUUUUUAAGAUGUAAUUAUAAAGAGCAAACUCUGAUAAAAAGUAGUGAAACAUAGCUAACACUGAUUUUGGGUGAAGCAUUUUACUACUGUAGUAUUCACCAGUAAAUGAAAUAGCAGACAAACUUAUUUGUAUUUUCUGCAAUGUUUUUUCCCCUCCAUUUUCAAGCAGCAGUGUCAUAUGAAACCUCUGACAAAAAUCCACAGGGAAUAGUUUCAACAUAGAACAAAAACAGGGCUUAUAUAGAAAAUAACAAUAUGCUUUAUGAUACCGACAUUUCAGAAAACAUUUAGAUUAAAAAAAAAUUCCAUUUAUAUAUUUGUCUUACAUUCUACAUGUAUUUUAUAAACUGCUUAGUGAUAAUUUCUUUCACCUGGUAUAUUGUAAGUUAGUCCUUAUCAAAUAGAAAAAGCACAGUUGACUGUAGAUAGAAAUCUUAGCUGAACAGUAAACUAGUCUUAUAGAAAGAAACUACAAAAAAGCAGUGGGAUCUGGAUUUAUAGUUGUUCAUCUCUCUUAGAAAAGUUUUCCAGAAAAUAGGUAGACUAUGCACCUCACUUCAUGAAACUGGAGUAGAGAAAUUAUUAGGAAAUGUUCGUAGUCCAUUAAAAUAGUUCUGUAUUUUUGUCACUUAAUUUCUUCAAAUCUAUGAUUGGUUUUUGGAGUAUAAAAAAAUCUGUAAGCUAAAAAUGUUGAAGAUUUGUGCAGAAAGUGUUUGCUAAUUCAGCACACUGAGUGGUGUUGCUCUAUAUGUUUAGAAUACUUAGAGAUAAUGGAACGGGAUUUCUAUAAACUAAGGACUGUUAUCUAGGGGAAAUUCCCACUAAAGUCUCUUCCUUCCUGUCAGAGUUUCAGCUAUUCCGGAGAAAGCCUAUUAUUUGCAGAGAUAAAGUUAAAGUCUAAUAUUCUCACCAACCGAACCAUCAGCCAGAGAGAUCACCACCUGAAUGCCACUUGUGCUGGAAUAACAUAUUGCAAUGACAAUGGGAAAAAGCUGCAGACUGAAUAAACAGACUGCUUUGACUUUGCUUUCUCUCAGGGCAGGGGAAGAUUUUAUUCCUUGGUAGGAAUUCUGUAAGAUAGCAUGGUAAAGCUUACCGGUUUUUGUUGUGUUCCCAGGAGAUGCCUGUCAUGAAAUCCCUUUCUCCAGCAUGUGGUUCUGAUCCUUGUUCUACUGAAGGAUCUUCAGAUAACGUGUUUCUGUGUAAGAAUCUCAUCACUCAUUCUUUUUUUUAACAAUUCACCCUUGUGGUCCUUGAUAGCAGUCAUAGUACCCAUGGCUGAAAAGAACCAUGUAGAUUUGGAGUGGUAAGCUGUGUCGCAAGUGUUUCAUCUCCCUCUGGAAGAUUAUUAACUCACUCCUAGUAGUGAGCUGUGUAAAUUGUACCCUUAUGUACCUCCUCAAGUGUCAGUGAAAAUCAACUUUUCUUUAACUCUUUAUAUAUAUAGAUAUCUAUAUUUUUUUUAAAUACAGUUUAAGUACCAGACUAUGUUUUUUCAGUGAAGCUCCUGUGUGUGCAUCAGGACAUGAACUCAGUAACACAAGUCUCUCUCUACCCAGACAAUCUUUUAUCCUUUUUUGCUAUGACUUCAGAGUGAGAGGACAUGAAUUAACUGUCAGCAUCUGCAGAGUGGAGAUAUUUAAAAUCUCUUCUGCUCACCUUUUUCAGCAGGGCUGAGUAAGUAUCACCUCCCUCAGCCUGCCUGGCAAUGCUCUUCCUAAUUUGCCCCAGAAUAUUGCUGGUCUGCUUUGCUGUGCUUUGUUGCUGUUGCUCAGCUUAGUGUACACCAGGAAGGGCCCCAUAGUGCUUCUCAGUAAAGCAAGUUUCCAGCCACUCAGCCCUCAGUGUGCAUGGGUGCCUGAGUGUUCCUCCACAGGGGCAGAACUGUGCAUGUAUCUGUGUGGAAUUCCAAUGUGUGGAACUUCAUGACAUUCUUGGCUGCCCACUUCACCUGUUUAGAUCCCCCUAAACAGCACUACACCCAUAUGGUGUAUCAGCUAUUCCUCCCAGCUUUGUGUCAUCUGCUUCCUGAGGGUGAUGUCUGACCCAUCAUCCAGGUCAUCAGUGAAAAGGUUAAACUAUAUUGCCCUCAUAUCCAUGGUUGUGGUAUUCCACUACUGGCUGGCCUCCAACUGGACUUCAGGCCACUGACCAUGAAGUGAGCCCCAAGCCUGCUUAUCUAACCAUACUUUGCCAGCUUAUCUGUGAGGAUUUUAUGGAAAACUCUGGCAAACACUAUGCUUAUGCUGAGUUAAACAAUAUCUACAUCUCUCUCCUUGCAUGUUAUUAGUUGCCUCAUUGUGAAUGUCUGUCAGGUUGGUUAAGCAUAAUUUCUGCAUCAUAAUUGUGUGUUCUCUGCUCAUGAUCAAAUUCCCAUCCUUCAUGUGUCUGGAGAACGUAUCCAGCCUUAGUUGCUUCACAGCUUUCUCAAGGAUUGAGAUGAGGCUGAUCAGUCUGUCAUUGGACAGAUCACGCUUCUUGCUCUCCUGAAGGCAGAAGUGACACAUUCUAGCUUUCAGUACUCAGAAGCCUCUCCCUUAGCACCAUAAAAUAAUAAAGGUACUCAGGAAUGACCUUGCAAUGCCUUAAGUCAGCUAUCUUUCUACACAUGUGGGUGUAUCUCAACAAGCUCCAUGUAAUUACAUGUAUGCACUUUAUUAAAAGUUGCCUUACCUAAUCCCCCUUCAGUAAGACACCGCUGUGGCAUUAGGAUACGAGGUUUGACAAUUACUGUCACUUCCACAUCCCAUUUCAAUGGCACACUGUGUGAAAAGAAGCUUUUCAAUUUCAAAGCCUUCAGUCAAAGCAUUUGUUGCUGCCAUGUUAUUUGUGCUUGAGGACAAGACAGGAAUUACUGCUGUUGUUCCCAGCUCAUGAUGGCAUGACAGUACAACAACCUUGUUCGCAUAUAUACUGGGAUAUCAUCAUAUCUUCAAGCAAACAUUUUUGCUGCAAGCAAAGGUAAUCCUCUUGUUCGUCUUCCUGCUUCAUCUUGCAUUCAUUACUUUUCAUGGUGAUUUUAAAAAGCUUGUUUUUCUUUCAAUAUAAGUUUAUUUUUAAAUUUCUCCUAAUGAGCUUAGAAGACAACAAUCCAAUAUUCCUGUGAGCAAUUCCAGACAGGCAGAACACUGAGUUCUUUCUGCCUGACAACUUUAGUUAAUGGCUCUUAGUGCUAGCAUGUGCUGUUUCACAAUUGUAGGGACACGUUUCCAAGGUGAAGUGUUCGUAAAUUCUUUCUGUACGCUUCUGUUUUCCUGCUGCAAGCAUAAAACAAAAAUACAAGGCGUAAUGCAGGCCUUAUGAAGAGGUGCAAGCCAUUAGAAUGUCUUAGUUUGAGGAGAAAGAGAUUAAAGGUUUCCUUUGUAACUGUUCUUAAAGUAUCUGCUUUGAGUAAGCUCCUUGGAAAUGUCUCUCAUGGUAAUAAUGGUUGUGGUGGGUGUAGCAAUUGGAGAGAAAACCCUUCAGAUUCUGAAAGUGGUCAUAAAAUUGAAGCUCACUUGAACACCUGCGUGGUGUGAAUAGCAGCUAAGCAUCAAAUGAUACAUGUCUUGUAUGUGCAGAGCAAGGCUCUGAAAUGCAAGUCAAGCAUUCAGAAGGGAACUGGAUUCCUCCCAAACAAAAUAGUUGUCAUCUUUUUCUUUUUGAAUGAAGAGGAAGGAAGCCUUUAAGCAUUCACUGCUGUAGAGAUUAUCUGAGUUCAAAUCCCAGCUUUGAUCAAUCAUUCGUUGUGAUUGACAGAAUCUUGGAGAAGAGGAAGAAAUGUUUUUACCCUGACUUGUGCUCAACACUUAGAGGUCCUCCUUUAAGGAAGGAGGACUAACUGGACAAUAUGCUAAAUGUGUGAAAUGGGAGAAAGUGCUCCACAUUAAAAAAAAAAAAAAAAAAAAAAAAGAAAAAAAUAAGGGGGGGGGGUGGAGGGAGAGAACUAGAGCCAGAAAUGUAAAUUAUCCACUUUUGUUUCCUUUUGUAGAGCUAAUUCAUUGAAAGCUAUGUUCAUUCAUUUAAAGUGAUUGAACUUGAUUCAUUGAACUUUGGUAUCUUUGUAUCAGCCCCACGAUUUCCACUAUGCAGCAAAGGAUGAGUAAGGUGCAAGACCUCUGUCUCCAACAUACAGCUCAAGUUUGCCCACAAAUACUUGUGGUAUAAGGGAGGCUCAACGCUUCUUACAAUUAAGAAGAAAAAGAAAAUAUUGACUGUAGUAGAAAUUAUCAGUUGCAUGAUAACAGUUCUGCAUGAGAGACAAAAUUCUAAAUGAAGCCUUCAAAUUUCCAAGAUUUCCAAUCAAAAUUUUGAAGAAGAGGCAGGUGGACAGCAAAUUAAUCACUAAGUUGUACUUGCUUAGUAUCACUAUUAAAAAGCACCAUUGAAUCAUACUAACAGUGUGAUAAUAAGUCAGUGGAAGAUAGUAGGUCCUGCAACCACGAUAUUAAGAAUUUCUGUAACCCUAACGGCUGAGAACACUACCCCUGUGAUCCAGUUGACAUGACCCAUUUCCUGCUCCUUGAAAACAAUAGUCUGAUCUUCAAAGAUUGCAUGUAUUAAGAGGCUUUUGAAAUUAAUCUUUAUUUCUCCAGAUGGAAAAAUAUGAAAUUUGCCUUGUUCAUGCCCUUUUACUUUAAGCAGUAAUAGUAUUAUUGCUGUGCAUCAUUUGGGGAGAUUUGAUAUCAAUAUCGUAAAGAUAUUUGAAUAUACAAUUGUUGGCAUUAAACAUGGAUACACAGACUCACUUGUACUUCAAAAUAUGGUGUAAAAAAUUACAAUGAAAGUAGUAGAGCAGAGAAGCAAAAUUUUUUUGUCCUUCUGCUGACAACAGCCAGGCCGUUCUAAAACAUACAUGAAGCAUUUUUCAGAGGAAUACAAGCGACUUGCCGAGUCAAAGUUUUCAGAGCACACAUGUUAGACAAAUGGCCUAAUUACCUUCACAAUGGACUUUACUGAUACAGAAGUUCUGAAGUACUCCUGUGUUUUUUCAUCAUCUGAGUUUCCCUUUGAAAGAAACCUGAAAUUCCCAUCAGGUCCUGUGUUUAAUUCCAUUCAGUAGAUUUCCUUUCAUUUCUGCAUCACGAAGACAGGAAAAAAAAACAGCUCCUUUUGGCUGAAGCUCUUCUGUAUACUGCUCAGUACUCAGCCAUUUUCCAGGCUAUGUUCUCCAAGAGAAACUCUUUUUAGAAAAGAAAACAAAAAUGCAGAGCAAAAAAAGUGGAUCAUAGCUGUGUUUACAACCCUGAAUUGCCUUCUAGUUAUGCAUAUGCAGGAGAAGCAAUAGAAAAAGCAUAAAAAAACUGCACCUCCUCAGAAUGAGGUGCAGCAAAAAGCACUGUUACCUUUUCUACCCUCACCUUAAAGUUUCUCAGAACCACCCAAUUCAAUAGCGACAUUCCUCCAUCCUGUCCUGUCCAUGUUUGCAUGACUUGCACCCCAGAAACCUUUACCUCCCUCCAUUUAUUUCUGCAAUUGAAGUGGUAGGGACAGUGCUCAUCCUCAGUGCUUGCACCAGCAGCUGCACAUGUCCUCUUCCUGGCCUUCUGGCCACUACCUCUCACUUCCAGGUGGUCCCACAUGGAUGGCUUAGGGGCUACCGAUGGCCUCAGUGGCAUAGGCCAUGCUGCAGAGGAGAACAUAAUCUGCUUGAGAAAUUAAACUUACCCCAUCAUUUGUGAACCUUUGUUUCAUAUUAGCUGACUGUGAUGAGUAAUAAUUCCUGAAGUUUUUUAGUGCCUCCUGCUAACACAUAUUAACAUCACGUCAAGGCCAAAGUAAUGGCUUGGUUCCAAAAAAUAGAAUACAGCAGACACUACAAGAGGAUAUGUGAUUUCUGCUAAUACAUCUACCUGACUAAAAAAGUAUAGUGGCAUUGUUUCUUUUUCCUCUUCACAUAUUUCCAUGUGGUACAGCAUGUAUGAAUGGAUUGUCCUUGAGACAACUAUGCUGCUUAUCUAAGGAGGAAAGCCUGGUGUCAGGAGUUCAGGGCACUUGACAUACCAUAAAAUUAGCCUUCAGCAAAGAGAGUUAUGAAAAGCCAUGUUUAAUGCUAGGGUUCUGUUUACAUGUUGGAAGACAGUUUGUUUCCCUGCUGCAACUAAUUUGAAUCUGUGCAUGCCAUUGUGUCAGGGGUUAAGAUGUGAGUAUGUUUGAAUCAGCAGUUAACAACCAAACAAACUGAUGUUUUAGAGGGGAACUCUGAAACUUUUGGAGUCUUUCCAAGUACCUUUAGAAAAGAUGAGAGUGUGGCCUAAGGGGCCAAAGUACAGCUACAUACCUGCCUGAGGAUGUAGCAAAGAUGUUUAUUGGACAGCCUGGUAGUCAACAGCCUCACAUGGAAUAAAAGUUAGAAUAACUCAGUUAACCUUAUUUUAUUCCUUUUGCCAUCCUUCCUUUUAGCCCAGUUUGUUUUACUGGCCAUCUGGUUUUGCCAAAGGCUAUUUGGAAUUCUUCAGGUCAUUAAUAGUGAGUGCAGGCUGAGACUCAGUAUCUCUAUUAGCUAAGCACUGUAUCUUUGGUGGUGGGGACAGACAAUCACCAAUCAGAGGGUGGUCAGAUCAUACAGUUUUUAGUUCCUGGGACACAAAGUUGAUGUCACCUACCUCAAAAAAUACUUACAUUCUAGUCUCAUUAAAUACAAGGAUGAAAAUUAAAAGGUAGACCUAGCAGACACUUAAUGCUGAGUCAGAGUAAGUCAGAAUAUUGAUAUCCUUUAAAUUCUGCAGUAAAAAAAGUUUAUCAUGUGAUUCAGUUUGACUUCAGUGGGAGGAGUAUUUAAACUGAGGCACUGAAAAGCUUUCCAAACAGAAACAGACCUAAGUGAAGUGUAUUAUUAUUGGCUGAAUUAUAUAUGCUAUUCCUUAAUUCUUCAAAAAUGAAAUUUUGUAAUGAAAGACAAGUCAAAUACACAGUCCUGCUAAAGCUGGUACCCUAAACAAAUUCUGACUUGGGUUAGUAUGUAUCUCCUCUCUUCUGGCUUCAGCAGUCCUUUGCAACCUUCUUGAAUUAGUGGAAUGCUGCAUAUUCAGCCUGUCCACUCAGUCCUGGAGAUUAAUAACUACCUUGUCAUCAUGGCAGAUGAAAUGAUCAGUAAUACAAGUUUGUUCUUCAAAAAUGAAUUAACAGCUCACCUGGCCCAUUUUUCAUACUGCAAAAUCAAUAUCAUGAGCAUUGCUUUGUAUUGGUGUAUUUCAAAUGGAGACAUGACACAUUUCUCCUCAGUGACCUCUUUAUGGCAGGAAAAUGAGAUUUAAGUGAAAACUAUAAAAACCCCUCCAAACUUAGAAUAGCAGCCUUGACUGCAGUUCCUUAACUCCCCUCUUCUUCCUCCCUGCUCCCCAUCCCUCAACAAACCAAAAGACAUUAAAAAGUAAUUGAGGAUUGGCCAACUUAUAAAUAGGUUAAAUGAAUGACAAAACAGUUAUCCACUAGAUAGGAAGUAUGAUAAUACUUAGUAUCUGCUAAUACACUAAGUAUUCUGAUAUUGGAGGGAUCGCUGCUUGCGGACUUAUAAAAGAUAAGGUGCAAUUGGAAAGGGGUAAUCACUGCUUCUUCACAUCUAGGAGUAGAAAAAGAGUAGAUGUUCUCCAAAAUGUAAAAUGGACAAAAUAGAUAUGUUUUAUUUUUUAGUCUGAAAUGAAACCACAUAAAUAUCUUAUAUUCUGCUUCCUUUAAGCGUCAAAAAGGAAUUUUGGUGGUGUUUGUACCUCAUACUCUGUUUUUGUACCCAAAGGGUAUUUUCAGUAUAAAUUUCUGCUUGCUUUGGCUUUCACUUACAUGGAGGGCCAGGAGGCACAUAGGUAAGCAACUCUGGUCUGCUGCCUUCCCAUUUGCUGUAGUUGUAACCCUUCUCCACAUGGCAAUAGAUCUUGGGUAUGAAGGACUUCCUCUGUGAAAUCUACACUACAAGCAAGAGCUAAAAGGAAAUUAAAUCAAAGUAGGAUAAACCUAUACCCCCUUUCCAAAACUAUGCUGAACAUUCCUUUUUCUGUAUUUCCAUAAAAGUAAUUCUGGCUGUUGGCAUGUUGGCAGGACUACAGAACUUCCUAAUAUUGUAUUGCCAUGGAUCAUGUUUAGUCAAAUGGUAAAUAGGAUUGUUCUUUAUUUUCAGUUUGGUUUAUAUAUUUGAGUUCUGCCUUUCCAUUUAUUUAAAUUUUUUUUCUGCUUUCCUUUGAAUUUUUUCUUUGGGUUUUGUUUUAGCUUCCAAGACCUCCCUGAUGAUACGGGCAUUUUAAUCCCACUGAAGUCAUAAUAACUCUGUGUGAGAUUUAUUAUUGCAACAAGUUUUCAGUCUGUUUCCAAUUGUCAAAUGUAAAGAAAAAUUGUUUCCAAUAAAACAUAUGAACUGAGGGAA